AUACGGACACAAUGGGAGGGAAAAGCGACCGAGCGUUAAUAAAAGCUCCUACUCGAUUCGACAAGUUUACACAGGCCCCCGUUGUAACUUGUUUAAUAAGUUAACUAAUUACAAGACACGAGCUCUCUCGCGAGAGAGAGAAAUACGUACGUUACGUCUACAUACUUAUAAGCGCGUAUACACAGCGGCAUAAAGUCCGAACUUGUAAAUAGCACAGCGACACGGAAGGACUCUUCGAUAAACGUUGCAAGUUUUCGAGAGCCGGAGGAGGACGCGGUGCGCGCGGAAUUGUGUUCUUGUGAACUAUCCUAUAGACCAAUGUAUAUAUAGCUUAAGAUUGCGACGUCUUGUGUAUUAGAUGUAUAUACAUAGGACGACUCGGGCGCAGAACUAGUAGUCGAGAAGCCUUGAGCUAGUAAUUCCUAGAGUAAUGAUUCGAGAAAUUAGCCUCGAACUAAAUUACUCGUCGACGCAGCAGUAGCAGCAUCCAGAGACCGUCCGACCGACUGGAAUUCCGCAGGCUUAUAUACUUUCUGAUGCUUUGGCGGCACGCAUAAUGGCUCGAGUGGUCUAACUCUUCGGUAUAUAAUGCGGACCAGCAUAAGUGCCGCGCGCGCGUCGAAAACAGAGGAAAUAUUCCGCAUCCGAGAUUCUCUUCCACUCGGCGAGCGAGCUUCUUUGAUAAUAUAUACAGAGGUCGGAAAAUUUUUUCGCAACGAGGAGCGCGCAAGAAGCUCGGCAAAAUGAAGAUCCGAUUCGGGAUUGGAGCUUUGGCGCUCCUGGUUUUAGGAGUCGUCGGCGAUUCGGGCUGGUGGAAAACGAUGUCGCUCUAUCAAAUCUAUCCCAGAAGCUUCAAAGACAGCGACGGCGAUGGAAUUGGCGAUAUAAAAGGUAUAAUCAGUAAGCUGCAGCAUCUCGUCGACUCGAAGAUCGACGCGUUCUGGCUGUCGCCGAUCUAUCCCAGCCCCAUGGUCGACUUCGGCUACGACGUGUCGGACUUCAAGGCGAUCGAUCCGAUCUUCGGCACGAUGGAGGACUUCGAGCUGCUGCUCGAGGAGUCGCACAGGCUCGGCCUCAAGCUCAUCAUGGACCUGGUGCCGAAUCACAGCUCCGAUCAGCACGACUGGUUCCGCAAGAGCGCCAAGAAGAUCGAGCCCUACACGGAUUACUACAUCUGGCACGAGGGAAAAGUCGUCGACGGCGUCAGACGACCACCCAACAAUUGGGUGAGCGUAUUUCGUGGAAGCGCCUGGACUUGGAACGAGGAAAGGCAAGCCUAUUACUUCCAUCAGUUCGCAGCGGGACAGCCCGAUUUGAACUUCCGCAACGAGCACGUCAUCGAAGAGAUGAAGAACGUCAUGAGAUUCUGGCUCGACAAGGGAGUCGACGGUUUCCGCAUCGACGCCGUGCCCCACCUAAUGGAGGCGGAGCAUCUGCGCGACGAGCCCGUGACGGGCACCGACCCGGAGAGCUUCGACUACACCGAGCACAUCUACACCAAGAGCCUGCCCGAGACGUACGAUCGGGUGGCCGAGUGGCGCGCCGUCCUCGACGAGUACAGCAGUCAAGAGGAGGAUGGCCAGGACGAGCGCAUGAUGAUGAUCGAGGCCUACGACACGAUCCCCCUCACGAUGAAGUACUACGAGUACGGGGCCCACUUCCCCUUCAAUUUCGGACUGAUCGGCGACGUGGCGGCCUCGCCCACCGCCGAGGAUUUCAUGCACAUCGUGGGCAACUGGAGCAACGCCCUGCCCGACAACGCCACCUCCAACUGGACUCCGGGCAAUCACGACAAGCCUCGACUGGCCACGCGCUACGGUCGCGACUUCUCCAAAGCCGUGACGACGAUGGUGCAGCUGCUGCCCGGCGUCGCGGUCACCUACUACGGCGACGAGAUCGGCAUGGAGGACACCUGGCUCAGCUGGGAGGAGACCCGCGAUCCCCAGGGCUGCAACGCCGGCCGCGAGCACUACGAGGCCGCGUCCCGUGACCCCGCCAGGACGCCCUUCCAGUGGGACGACACGACCGCAGCUGGAUUCUCUUCGAACCCGAAAACGUGGCUACGCGUCAACGACAAUUACAAGGAGGUGAAUCUCGAGGCGGAAAAGGUAGCCGACUGGUCGCAUUACAAGCUGUUCCUACGACUGGGCGAGCUGAGAAAAUUGCCCGCCGUCUCCAACGGAACUCUCGAAACUUUCCUCCUCAGAGACCUGCGGAACGACCAAGCCGAAGAAACGAUAUUUGGCUUUUCCAGAAAUCUGGAAAACGAAAGCAGCGUUUACGUACUGUUGAAUUUCGAUUAUCGCGAGGCCACGGUCGACUUGAGCGAUUUUCCCGAGGCGGCGUACGUGAGGCAAUUAUUGAGCACCGAUAAAAACGUCCCAUCUAGCGACGAGACGAUGGAAUCGAGAGCUCUCAGGAUACCUGCGCGCGGCGCCGCUGUCUUUGUCGCCGCAGCCUCCGACCUCUAAGAGGUACGAAGUAGCUGGCGAUAGAAAUACAACGUGUAUAUAACGGUGGGAGAUAAAACGUGUGUGUGUGCGCGCGCGUAAAGUUCACCGCGCGCACAAAGGCGUCGGCGGCGGCGGCGGCGGGUCUACUAACCGACCACCGAGCUACUACUAUAUACCGAGCAAAACGGAAAACAUUGGGGAUUACCAGCACCGGUGGUGACAGCAGCAGCAACGAAGAAAGCUCUGCCGUAUAUGUAUCUGCACGCGCUGGAGCAGACGAAACCCUCUGUAUAAUUUACACGCCAAAAGAGAAAUAUCGUAUCGGCCCGUAGUGUUCUGCGAUCGUGUGUAUCGCAAGUUUUCUCUCUACUGUUUCUCACUCUCUUUUCGCUCGCGACGAAUGCGCUGCAAGCUCCAUAUAGCACUUUGAUACGGUUCGGGCCUACGUACUCUCUGUCUGUCUGUAAUCAGUCGUCGAACUUUUUCCAUGCAACAUAGUCAGCCGCGUACACGCGAAAUCGUCGUGCUGCAUCGAAUGAAAGUGCAGCGCACAGGUUAACAACAGCAGCCAAAGAGAACAAGAGCGAGAGAGAAAUCAUACGCUCCAAGUAUUUUUCGAUGGUCACUUUGUGGUUGAAAGAUUCGAAUCACCCCCGCGCGCCCGAGGAUGUGUCCUACAUUUAUAUACGUAUAGUCAAACACACACACACGAUGUAUCUGUAACUUUGUUGCUUGUUGUGGGCGAUGAGUUAUUUUAUUUUUAGUUUUUAGUUGUAUACUAGUUAUAACGUAACCUGUAUAUUGUUGUAUAAGUUAAAAAUAGCCGAGCUAUGUGUAUUGUUUUGUUAUUUAUUAUUUAAACGUUUUAUCAAUAAAUAAUUCACUUCGAGUGUAUA